CGUCUAACGUCAUCAUCAAAAUAGGAAUUCCGAAAUGGUGAAAAGCAAAUCUACACCAAAUACCGUUUUUAAUCAAAACGAGUUGGUAGUCAAUACUGAAGCUAUGAAUAUUGAGGAUCUCAGCGAUCUACUCCAGCUUAACGAGGAAAUUGAGGAGCGCUGUCGAUCCAACCCGAACGAAGACAGCAAUGCUGGCUGCGGCUUGCUAAGAGCUAAAAUGACUAGGGAGGAGAUUUUCGAGAUAUCCACAUCAUCUUCUCUAGACGAUGAUCGCUUUUUGACGGCCCUAGAGCACCAAAACUCAUACUCGAAAUCGCGUCGAGUUCAAGUUACCGACUUGGACAUGCCCAGUAUCGAGAAUCUAAUGAAGUACUUUGACGAAGAGGUACCCGUAACGCCAACCAAAAUAGUAGGGACAACAAGGGCGACCGCCCCUAAAGGUAAAGUAGCUAGCGUCAUUGCUAAGUUGACCAACAAAUCGGAUCCUAUCACAUCGACCAAGCCAAUGGUGAAUAGUUGUCACCCCACGAUCAGUAAACUCAAGCAAAAGUACGAACAGCAAGUGAAAAUUGAGAACACUCGGUUUGCAACACGAGACCGUCGGAAGACUUCCGUCUCGCUUCCCAUGAAAGUGAAGGAGAUGGCUCAUUUGUUAAAUUCGAAGAUUAGCCAGGUGAAUCGCCGCUCAGAAGUUUCAGACUACGUUCAACUGCAAAACGAGAUUUCGGUGGCGACCGAGCAUCAGUAUCCAUUGACAUCGGAGUCUCAAGCACAAGGUACUUGUUUGGUGGCCGAGGAAGUUUUCCGCGAACUAAGCGUCAAGGACAAGGCUCUUCUGUUUAACAAGUUCAUUGCAGACAUGGCAGCUAAGCAUCCCAAGUUCAUUGAGCAUGCUGCAGAACUCAAGGCGCAGGUGGAUAAGCUGGUGCUUUGCGGUGAGGUGGUAGCCGAAAAGCAAGUCAGUGUUAAGAAUUUAGUUCAGGAAUUUGAGGAAAAGUGUAACCUGGAGCGUGGAUCGGCACCGCAAUUAGAUGAAGUCUCUUCACUUACGUCAAAUGAUAGCAAAAUGGGGACAGGUACUUCUCAGCUUCACGUGAGCAAUCUGCCAGUGAUCCUUAAGCCCAGAGCGGAGCGUAAAGAACGACGCUAUCUGGAGCGCCAGAGCGCAGACCACGCAGGGCGUUCCAAGAAUCGAAAUCUUGCCGCAAUACGUAAAACUCUGCCAACAGACGCCAUUGCACCGCCGAAGAAAAUCCGACGCACAAGACAGGAGCGUAUCGGAUGCGACAACCAAGUGUUUUUCCAGAACCCGCACCUCGAGACCCUUUUUUACAAUUGGCUCAGCACAGAAAAUGGCGUGCAGUACGACAUAACUAGCGCAUCAAACAGUCAGCAGACCAUCGAGAUAGCAACAGAAAAUACCAUUCUUGAAUCGAGCACCGUCAGCCUGGAAGAUGUGUGCCAAAAGUCCGAUGUUGAACGUCUUCUGGAACAGGCUUUAGCCAAGCUAGAAAUUGAAAACGAAGAAAAAAAGGAAGUUAUUAGGACGUCUUUGACUAAAAUAGUCAAAGUCACUCCACGACGCAAUAAGCGCAUGGCGCCGCCAGUGCCUGCCCCACGUCCAAGUCUGAGUCAGACUCAUUCCACCGCAUCCAGCUGCAAGCAAUCCGAGGCUGAAGAUAGUGAAUCCGGACUGUCGACCCUUCCCAAGAUUACAAGCGACGAAUCACAGCCCGAAAUGAUCAAAGAAGACCUACAGCCAAGUGAGUUUGAUUUUGUCAAGCCCCAGCGUCCACCACGUAAGAAGAAGAUGCGCAGAAAUCUUACUUGGCAGAAGGAUAAUUCCGUUGUCGAGGCUACCACAAUCACCUCAACUGACUCCGAUUCCGAUUACAAAUCGUCACUUUCCGCACCAGACAAGAAAACGACGGGAGCAAAUUGCGCCUUCCCACUGCCCGAACAAAGUUUGAUUGAGUUAGACAAGUCAUUUAUGCGUCAGGUCAACUCGCCCCGCAAAAUUAAGUCAGCGUACACUCUAACUGUAAUAUCGUCACCUUCGAAAAAUUCAGACACCAAUCAAACACCAAGGCAAUCACUCGGGCAAACCAUGCGGGAUAGUUUCAUUGAUCAGGGCUUCGAGACCUGCUCGAAUGACCCCAUAGACAAUAGUCCUCUACGCAGGUCCUUCGUAAGCUCCUACGACUCGAAGUCAUCCGGGUUUUCAACGCCAGUAAAAGGUCGCCACGUUUGCAGCCUAGCGCAACAGCAAUUAUUCAGCCCCAUUUUUUCGCUAGACCGGCCGGAACGCAGUUCUCUGGCCAUACAGGUAAUUCGGGAAGAUCAUUCCCUCAAUCUUGAUGCCACUCCCAGUUUACCCUCCACACCUUGCAGUGAGAGGGAGUUUUUCGCCAACGCUCCGACAGUUAUAAUUAAUAGCACCCAGGAUGAGAUUACAGCCGGAAAUCCUCAUUCAAUGUUCUGGAUUAUAUCAGGAGACCUUACGGUGUCCUUGAAAAUUUCAAAAUAUAGCCCUGAGCGCCUUCGUCUGCUCUAUGACAUAUUCAUUCAAAAAAGUUUCGAGAGUCGAGAUCUAGCCUUCGGAAUCGAUGGACACAAGUUUACAUGUAGUGGUGAAAUCUCGAAAUCCACUCAAACUAUGCCUCUUGAUUGGCCGCCCAGUGUACAGGAUUGCUCCCACUAUUGGUUCGCUAGCGGAGAUUUCUCCGUACCCUUUAGCGGGAAACUGAUGUCCGACGAGAAAAUUAAGCGGCUAUUCGCAUUUCUCAAUGCGGAAAAGUCCAAGAUACGCUUCGGCGUGGAUCACAUCGAGUUUAGUAGCUUACCGGAGUUCUGGCCCACUACCCAAAAAUAUUCUAUUGAGAGCAGCUACAGCAUGCUGGUGGGUUUGCAAACGGGUGCAAGCAAUGGCCUGGAGGGGCGCAGCAAAUACUCCUGGCCCAACAACAGCAAUUCUAACCAAGAGAUCAAGACCAACGACAUAGAUCGGACGCAGCUCGAGCUCGAUGCAAAUUAUUUCGGCAAAGAUAGCGGUGGUCCUUCCUUUUCUCCUGACAUAUUCUCCCUAGACUACGAGGCUGUUCCCUUGGAUGAGCUGUUUGCAAAUGUCCCUUUAUGCGCGACUGUUCCCAUCUUGUCCACGGGACAGAUGAUGCAAGCUCUAAAGCAGCAGCAAAGAAAACUUAGCAAUGUGGAACAGCGUAUUCGCAGCUAUGCAAAGCCCUCUAAGUUAACAGACGUAUCACUUGAGCGCUACCGCAAUACUCCGCAAUAUGUACACAAGCUGCGCUCCAUGAUUCGGACUAUAGAUAGCAUUGGUCGUGAUGAUGGCUUUCGUGGCUGCUCGAUGGAGCAGCUCGAGAGCUUCAUGUAUUUCCUCAGCGAGUAUGCGGAUGUGUGUCUGGCCAAUUGCAACGAGCAUAUAGACAACAUUCUUGACAGACUAUUGGACCAUAGGGCCCAACUAAAUACUAACAAUUAG